UCCUCUUUCACCAUGCUUUCAAACUUGUUGUUGCUCAUUUGUAUACUAACUUCGUCCUCCAUUUUCACUACCCAUUCUUAUAAUAACAAAUGCCUUCGUCAUCAGGAAACCUUGUUGCUUCAACUCAAGCAUGAGUUGAUCUUCUUUCCCUCUAGUUCAACAAAACUGGUGCGAUGGAAUGAAAGUGCUGAGUGUUGCCUGUGGCAUGGUGUGGAAUGUGAUGCUUCUGGCCACGUCGUUAGUUUGCAGCUCGAUGAAGAGGACAUUUCCGGUGUAAUUGGGGAUUUGUCGAGUCUCUUCAGAUUUAAAUAUCUGAAGAAGCUUAACCUCGCCUACAAUGGUUUCAAUGAUGCCAUUCCAAAAGGUAUAGGCAAUCUGACUUGUUUGACACAUUUGAAUUUGUCACAUGCUGGUUUUGUUGGGCAGGUUCCUUCUGAAAUUUCAUCCUUGACGAGAUUGGCUAGUCUCGAUAUCUCCAACGAGUUUGGCAAUACUCUUAGCCUUGAGCACCCAAAUUUGGAGAUGCUUGUCCAAAAUCUAACAGAGCUUAGAGAGCUCUAUCUUGAUGGUGUCAAUAUCACUUCUUCAGAUGAAAGGCGAAAAUGGAGCCACAUUGAAUUAUCACAUUUACCCAACCUCACCUCUUUGAGCAUGGCUGGUUGUAGUCUUUAUGGCCCUUUGCCUACAUCCUUUUGGCAACUUCAUUCCCUUUCUAUUCUUCGACUGGAUCGUAACAAUCUUUCAGCAGUAGCACUUGAUGACCUUUUCACCAAUUUUCCAAGUCUGACCACCUUGACUCUUCGUGAAUGCAGUUUGAAGUGUUCUAUACCAUCCACCUUUGGUAAUCUAACCGAGCUGAUUCAUGUCGAUUUGUCAUAUAACUCGUUGAUAGGCUCACUUCCUUCUACUUUGUUUGAAGGUCUUUCCAAUCUCGUUUAUAUAAAUUUGUGGAGAAAUUCAUUCUCUGGUAACAUUCCCCAAUCUCUUUUUGCACUCCCAUCAUUGUUGUAUCUUUUUCUUGGUUACAACCAAUUUAAUGGCACUUUUCAACUCGACAACUUUCAAAGCCUUCCCAAUCUCACUUCACUCGAUCUAUCCGGCAAUAGCUUGUCAGUAGAUACUGGCAACGUCAAUUCGAGUUCAUAUGGAGGUCUCAAAUUAAAAGGGUUGGGCCUAAAUUCAUGUAACUUGUCCAGUUUUCCUGAUUUCGUCAAACAUAAUAUGGAUCUAAAGUAUUUGGAUCUCUCAAACAAUAGUAUUGCGGGGGAAGUACCUAGUUGGGUUUGGGGAAAACGACUUGGAUAUUUGAACUUGUCGUUCAAUCUUCUGACGAAUCUGCAAAAGCCUUACCAUAUACCUGCUUCUCUUGAAUCUAUAAGCUUAGAAUCUAACCAGAUUAAGGGCGAGUUGCAGCUGUCCAUUCCACUUGAUUCUCAGCUUUGGUCCUUGUCUCUUGCUAAUAAUAGUUUUGGUGGAUCAAUUCCAAUCUCCUUCUGCAAUGCUACAAACCUCCAAAAUCUUGACAUGUCUAGAAAUAAAUUAAGUGGCAGCAUACCCCGUUGCCUACUUGAAAACAUUAGUGACCUUGAUCUGAGUCGAAACAACAUCAGCGGUAACAUUCCAGAUACUUUUCCAAUGGUUUGUAGCCUAUAUUAUUUGGAUCUUAAUAAUAAUGCUUUAGAGGGGAAGAUCCCAAAGUCCAUCGGAAGUUGUAUGAAUUUGGGGUACAUGAAUGUUGGGAACAACAUGAUCAACGACACUUUCCCAUGCAUGCUACCAUCGACCUUGCUUGUUCUUGUUUUGCACUCCAACAGAUUCCAUGGGGAUUUAAGAUGUAACAAAAAUUGGCCAAGUCUUAAAAUUCUUGAUGUAUCAUCGAAUCAUUUUAGUGGAAGUCUUGAAUCAAUCGACUUCUCUAGUUGGACGUCUAUGAUGCGUGGAUAUCUCGAUGGCGAAUUUGAACGAAAGCUUGACGUGGCAUUAAUCAUGAAAGGGCAAAUGGUGGAGCUUUACAAGAUUUGGGAAGAUUUUAGUACCAUUGAUUUGUCUUCCAAUAGUUUCUACGGAAAGUUACCAAAUGCAAUUGGUGAUCUUACCUCACUUCAUCAACUCAACCUCUCCCACAAUGCCCUUGAUGGAAGCAUCCCAAAAUCUUUUGGUAGGUUGAGUAAUCUCGAAUCACUCGACCUCUCUGUAAACCAACUUGCAGGUCAGAUCCCAGAGGAGCUUGGAGGUCUCACAUUCCUUUCCGUCUUGAAUCUCUCCUACAAUAAGUUUGUUGGAGCAAUCCCAAUAGGGCGGCAAAUUCAAACAUUCACGGCUGAUUCAUUUGAAGGAAAUUCAGGGCUGUGUGGUUUUCCUCUCAGCAUAAACUGCAGUAAUACUAAUGUACCACCACCGGGAUAUAAUGAAACGGGGGAAGAGAGGAAGGAGAUAGAGUGGGAAUACGUGUGUGCUGCAGUAGGAUACGUUGUGGGAGUAGGAAGCAUCGUGUGGCUACUUUUAUUCUGUCGAGGCUUCAGAGAGAAAUACUUUGGUAAAAUAGAAGAGGUUGUUGAAGGCAUGUUCAUUGCUAGAGACAUGAGAAGAAGACGUGCGAGAAGAGCCGCAGCAGCAAUGAAUCGAGUCAUCAGGAGGCAGUAGUGUUGGAAAUGUUAUUUGUUUUAUGUAAGAGAGUGAAAUAAAUAGGGGGUUAAGCAUCGCUUGUGUGGUUCCCUAUCUGUUUAAUCGUGUGCAUGUUUUUUCUUAGAGUUUAUGAAUUUUGGAAUGUACGGAUUAUUUGUGUUUAAUUGAGUGCAUGUUUGUAUUUUGCAAAACUUCAUUCAAA